AUGCAGAACGACCCACUGCUCCCUAUGCUCAUGCCUCUGCCGCGGCCCAGCCCUCCUGCUGGUGCAUAUAUCUCCCCAUCUCCCAGCAAGAGGACCGAUGUUGCUAUUACGCCUACCUAUUCCGCCUUCAAAGAGAUCAACACAGUAGACGAAGCGAGGAGACGAGCAGAGUUCGUGACUCCAGAACUGGACGACGCUGCCUCUUAUUCCGGCCUUACCCUGCCAACGCCAGCACCUAUUCCCUUUCCUUCACAACGAGCUCGCCUGUUAGACCCACAUUCACCUGAUGAUGAUUACGAGGACGGCGAGGAAUACCAGGUGAAGGAAAGCGUCGGGGAAGCUCAGCUCGGGGAUGAUUUUGUCGAAAACAACCUAUUGCCAGCUAACCAGCACCCGGAUCUGACGAUGGUUGAUGCUUUGGCUUAUACCGAUUUGGAAUUAGCAUUGGAGGAUCCCGCAGUUGAUGAUGCUCUCGAAAAACUCUUCAAUUCCCCUGCCUUUUAUGAAGCAGCAGGUUUCCCUCUGCCCUUUGACUUUCCGCACAACUCGUCCACCAUCGAGAAUACCGCAGAACUUGUGCUCUUGCCUGAAGAGGCCCCUGAUGUGGCUAUCAAUGAUGAGCACCUGGUCCCAGGGGGUGGAGCCAGGCUAGCUGACGAUACUGUCUUCCGAAAGACAUUUUUGACUGCACUGACGAAAUCAUCGGCCCCAACAGCGGCAAGUGAGCUACUUGGCGUCAACAGCGGCUCGUUCGACCCAGACAUCAUUCCCGUCUUUUCGAAACCAUCAGCUCAAGUAGAGGAGUCGACCAACGCCGAAGGUCGCAACACCAACGUGUUUGGUAAAUCAGCCUCGACUCGGAACAACACUCUGGCUGCGAACCAGUCUGAAGACUUUGCCACGGAUAUAACUAACCAACCAGACCUCGAAGCUUUUAAGGACGCUCUAGGCCGUCAUAACGCCUUUGCAAUGAAUAUGACCAACAUCAUCGAUGUCGAAGAACUCAAGGACGUCAACCGACAAGCAACCACAUACAGGGUGUUGAAUCAAAGAAAGAAGGACGCUGGAUCGCUUUUCGAAUUCCCGUAA